GUGGGUGAGGCCCCGCGGUUAGGGUGGUGGGAGGAGGUCGGCGCGUGCACCGACCGAGGUGGGGAAACUUUGGAACUUGGAGGUCUUGUUCGCCCUAGAGUCUAGUUUCUUAAGAGUGACCUCUUCAGAGAAUCAGUACCCCAGAUUGUCUGAGGUGCUGAUUGAAAGCUCAGUAUCUCAGGCCUGGCUCCAUGCCCACUGAAGAAGCCUCUUCUCAGGGCCUGGAAAUGUGCAUUUGGCUAGUGUUUUGGGUGGUUCCGAUGCUCGUUUCUUGGAGCUCCAGUGGCUUUCAGGCUAGCUGGCCUUUGAGCUUACAGGCAGGCAGUUCUGUGUCUGCCUUCCAUCUUGCCACAGGAGUGCUGGGGCUACACAUGUGUGCUACUGAAUCUGCUAAAAACAAGCCAAGCAUCGGUGGCAAAGCGCUUGGGAGGCAGAAGCAGGCAGAUCUCUGAGUUCAAGGUCAUCUUCUCUACAAAAGGCCGUGAGCUGAACACCCCUGUUCUGCUAAGUGCUCCCACCAUGAUGGCCUGUGCUGCUACAGGCCCAAAGCAACGAGGCCAGAUGAGACUGUGAGCCAGGACAAGCCCUUCCUCCUAACACAUUUACCCCCGGUGUGGAAGGCCAGCUCUGGGGCUGCCACUUCCUCGGAAACAUGGUGGCGUGGCUGUGGAAGGUGCUGGUGGGCGUUGGUCUCUCCGCCCUCGCCCAUGCUGCCUUUUCGGCUGCACAGCAUCGUUCUCACAUGAGGCUGGCAGAAAUGAAGUAUGAGCCGCUGCCGACCGAUAUAGUUCUUCAGACACUUUUGGCCUUUGCCCUUACCUGUUAUGGCGUAGUUCAUACUGCAGGGGACUUUAGAGACCGGGAUGCCACUUCAGAACUAAAGAAUGUGACAUUUGACACCUUAAGGAAUCGCCCGUCUUUUUAUGUGUUUCAACAUUCUGGUUCCAGUCUUCUCCAGCCUUCGGAUACAACUCGUUCUUCAAACCUCAACGUGCCAUCUUCCGAUGACAUACGGUUGAAGUUUUGAAAUCGCAAAUCAUCACUGCACCGUUCAGCUUUUUUUUUUUUACAAAUUAAGUAGCAGAAUUAAGUACUGGGAUUUGGGCUGUAAAACACCCCCUACACAUCAGUAUUUGUACUGAUAUUUCAGACUUAAUUUAAAAAAAAUCUAUAAUUAAAAAACAAAAGAAAAGGUAUUUAUGUCAGGGACCCUCCUGCAGCUGUAGAAAGCUCAUUAACUGUGGGUUUGAUUCUGGGUGAGGCAAACACUGGAAUCUCAGCCCAAGUAAAACAGACACUGCAGGUGGACCCCAUCCCGUCCGUCCGUCAAGGGGCUGAAUGGAACAUGAAAGCCUCAGUAAGGAAGACGUGCACUUUUGCAUGCUUGAACUGAGACAUCGACCUCUCCCUGGCUCUGUCGCCUAAACCCAAACGUGAGCUCUUCGUGCAUUCUGAGCCUUUGAAACUGAGCUUGCAUGUGGGCUCUCCUGGGCUCUGCUCACUGACUACAGUCCUGAAGGAACUUGAAGAAGGUUUUCACAAUGUGUGAUUUGAUUCUUCAUUAAGAGGAAUGUCUCUUCACCACAGGUUCCUUCAGGCGCUCAGACUGAUGAUCUGAAGGCCGCUGUGAGCUAUAAGCUCAAAGGUGGUGAUGAUUUUCCAUGCUGGGUGAAGAGGGGCAAGGCUAGCAUUCCCAGAACAGUGCACAUGAGAGGUGGAGGGAGCCUUGCCCCUGCCAAUCUAACUACCCCUGUGGCCAGUUCCACAUGUCGCUUGCUGUGGCUGAUUAUAUGCCCACUUCUCUUGCUGUGGAUCCAUAUGAGAUUCUGGCAUUUGCAAAGGUAUUAAGUUUGUCAGAGGACAAGAACCAAGGAGGGGGAUGUGUUUAUGUAAAACGGUCCCCUGGUAUCUACAGAGGAUUGACUCUACAACCAUGCACAGAAACCAAAAAUCCUCGGAUGCUCAAGUAGCUUUUAGAAAAUGACAUGGUAUUUCCAUAGAAACUAUGCCCACCCUCCAUAUACUUCCCGUCAUCUCUAGAUUACGCAUGACACCUAGUACCAUGUAAAUCCUGUGUAAAGAGAUGCUGUACUGCAUUGUUUGGGGAGUAAUGAUAAGAAGAUGCUUGCAUAUGUUUGCUACAGAUGGAAUUUCCCCCAGAUAUCUUUGGUUAGCAGUUGGCUGAGUCUGUCUGGUUUGUUUACUUGUCCUUAUGGUCUACUUUUACAAGAAUGUCGUCUCCCUGA